GCCAUCGGACGCCGGCGCGGCCGGCGCGGGCCUGUCAGAGCUGCUGCGGCGUCCCGGCGGUCCUCGCUCGCCCACGCCGCCGGCCCUCGCUGUCCCGCGCCUAGGCGGCGCGCGCGGCCGGGUGGGGCGGCGGCUGGGGCGGCGGCGGCGCGCGGAGACGAUGCCGCGGAGCUGAGCGGACGCGGGCACCCGGCGCGGCGCCUCCGCGGGAUGGCGCAGGCGGCGGGCGGCGAGGGCCCGGCCGAGCCGGCGGCUGCGGCGGGCCCGCCGGACGCGCUGAGCCUGGAGGAGAUCCUGCGGCUGUACGGACAGCCCAUCAAUGAGGAGCAGGCGUGGGCCGUGUGCUACCAGAGCUGCGGCUCGCUGCGGGCCGCCCGCCGCCCCCCGCGCCGCGUGCGCUCGGCCGCGCAGGUCCGCGUCUGGAGGGACGGCGCCGUCACGCUGGCGCCCGGCGACGAGGGCCCGGCGGCCGCCGCGGGUAAAUUGGGAAAUUCACAUUGUACAGAAACAGAGGUUAUCGAGUCGUUGGGAAUUAUAAUCUAUAAAGCACUGGACUAUGGUUUGAAGGAGAAUGAGGAGCGGGAGCUGAGCCCCCCGCUAGAGCAGCUCAUCGAUCGGAUGGCCAACACAGUGGAAGCUGAUGGCAGCAAGGACGAGGGCUACGAGGCUGCGGACGAGGGCCUGGAGGAGGAGGAGGAGGAGAGGAGGACAGUCUCCGCGGUCCGCUCUUACCGAGACGUCAUGAAGCUGUGUGCCGCCCAUCUCCCGGCCGAGUCGGAGGCACCGAAUCAUUACCAGGCAGUAUGCCGCGCGCUGUUCGCAGAAACCAUGGAACUCCACACGUUUCUGACCAAAAUCAAGAGUGCAAAGGAGAAUCUUAAGAAGAUUCAAGAAAUGGAAAAGAGUGACGAAUCCAGCACAGAGCUAGAAGAGCUGAAAAACGCUGACUGGGCCCGGUUCUGGGUCCAGGUGAUGAGGGAUUUGCGAAAUGGGGUAAAACUGAAGAAGGUCCAGGAGCGGCAGUACAACCCACUGCCCAUCGAGUACCAGCUGACCCCCUACGAGAUGCUGAUGGAUGACAUUCGGUGUAGAAGGUACACCCUGCGGAAGGUGAUGGUGAAUGGUGACAUUCCCCCUCGGUUAAAGAAGAGCGCCCAUGAAAUCAUCCUGGACUUCAUCAGGUCAAGACCUCCUUUAAACCCAGCGUCAGCCAGAAAACUGAAACCAACCCCACCCCGGCCUCGGAGCCUCCACGAAAGAAUAUUAGAAGAAAUUAAAGCAGAAAGAAAGCUGCGGCCUGUGUCACCAGAGGAGAUUAGACGGAGCAGAUUGGCAAUGCGGCCACUUAGCAUGUCUCACAGUUUUGACUUGUCAGAUGUGACUACCCCAGAAUCUCCAAAGAAUAUCGGGGAGCCUUCUAUGCUGAAUGGAGGCCUGGCAGCACAGACAGAAGAAAGCGGGACCCGCACCGCCCAGCAGGUACCUGUGCAACGGAAGAAGCUCCUCAAGGCCCCCACGCUGGCCGAGCUGGACAGCUCUGACUCCGAGGAGGAAGUUCUGCACAAGUCAUCCAGCAGCAGCAGCGCGUCUCCCUCCUUCCUCGAGGACCCAGCGCUGGAGGCCGUGUGCGUGAGGAAGAAGCCUCCGAAGUUCUUGCCCAUAUCAUCAACACCCCAGCCAGAGAGGCGGCAGCCGCCCCAGCGUCGGCACUCCAUUGAGAAGGAGACCCCCACCAACGUGAGGCAGUUCCUGCCCCCGUCCCGGCAGAGCUCCCGCUCCCUGGUUCCUAGGAUGACCAGUGUGUGGCCCCGGACGCCUUUCCGACCACUUUUCUCUGCCAUACACACCGCUUCCCUGCUCAGCUCUCAUCCUCUGGAAGCGGCCGUGUUUGGGGUCGCAGGGGCUAUGUGUUUUCUGUGCGCCAGAGCUUUUACCAGCAGGUGGACCUCCGCAAAGGAGGAAUUCUGCUACCCAGUGGAAUGCCUCGCUCUGACUGUGGAGGAGGUGAUGCAUAUCCGCCAGGUGCUGGUGAAGGCCGAGCUGGAGAAGUACCAGCAGUACAAGGACAUCUACACCGCCCUGAAGAAAGGAAAGCUCUGCUUCUGUUGCCGAACCCGAAGGUUUUCCUUCUUCACUUGGUCUUACACCUGCCAGUUCUGUAAGAGGCCCGUGUGCUCACAGUGCUGCAAAAAGAUGCGACUGCCCUCCAAGCCAUACUCCACUCUGCCCAUCUUCUCUCUGGGACCAUCCACCUUGCACAGAGGGGACAGUAGUAUGAGGUCAGAAAAGCCCCCUGCAAGCCACCAGCGGCCCCUGCGCAGCAUCGCCAGGUUCUCCUCAAAGUCUAAGUCUGUGGACCGGUCGGAUGAAGAACUGCACUUUCCCAAGGAGUUCAUGGAGGACUGGAGCACCAUGGAGGUGUGCGUGGACUGCAAGAAGUUUAUCUCGGAGAUCAUCAGCUCCAGCCGGCGCAGCCUGGUGCUGGCCAACAAAAGAGCCCGGUUAAAAAGGAAAACACAGUCCUUCUACGUGUCCUCCCCAGGCCCCUCGGAGUACUGCCCUUCAGAGAGGACUAUCAGUGAGAUCUGAGCCGUGCCUUCCACGGGCCUUUGUGUGCGAGGACACUGACCGGGCUGCUCCUUUCCGUGGUUUUCUUUAACAGGCUCAAGUUUGUAGUGGACCAGACUACUGCUGUGUCACGCUGUCCCACAGACUCGACGCUGUGUUCCAUCGAUGUGGUGUGGGACAGGUCAACCACCUGCUGGUUGGCCUAAGGAAGGACAAGAAGUCUGGAACUCACUGUGCUUUGUGUGGAUGUGGAAGCAGGAAGCUUUCCAGGUGCAGGUCCUCGCUGCCCCUCAGGUGGUUCCUGGCUGAGGCAGACUCCACCCCCCAGGCAGUUGGUCCCACAGACCCUGGUGUCAGCAUGCUCCUGUGCAGCAAGUCACGCCGGCAGUCCCCGUGACAGUGCUCCCGUCCGAGGUACCUGUGAUGGCAGGCCGGGCUGUCCCUCUCUCACAGCACAACACUAGAGGGUUUGCUGACACCGUCCAGCUGCUUUUUAAAUCUCAUUGCUCCGAGGUACACGUUACGCGAGGGACUUUGUGCAGCGCUGUAGUGCGGAGCAUCCGAGCCAGCUGGAGCCCUCCAGGUGCCCUUUCCUCUGAGUGGCCACGCUGUCCCGGCGCCCUGGGUCAGUGUCUGCCGAGCCCGUGCCAGGCUCCCUUCCCUGUGGUGAAUGUAUUUCAGUCACUCCUAGUUUCUUAGUGGGGAUCUGAGAAUGAAAGCUUGGUGGGCUUCAGGACAGAGGUGACUAAACUGUCCAAGCAGCCUUGGGUAUUUUGGUCAGUCCUGGAACGGCCUGUGACCACAGGGUGCCUGGAAAGACAGCUGGGGCCAUGCGUUUCCAUGACUUUGUAGUGCAGCUGUCACGGUGAAUCAAGCGACAAUUUGGUACCUAAGGUCUCAAACUGAAAUUUAUUUUUUAUAAAUGAAUUUUGAAAGAAAAAUAUCUAGCUCUUUUAAAAUUAUAUGAAAAUGAACCUGCUGACAGGCAAGACUUUUGGAUGCUUUUUGCACUGGUUUUCCUUGUAGAUGACUUGAGUGUAGGUUGGGGUUUUGCUGAAGGAAGCCCGGAGGGGACAGUUCCCAGUUCCUGCGGCCCCUUGCCUGGGCCGCUUUUAUUGUUUUGGUGUGCUUAGAAAUGACCAGCCAACCAGCUUGGCUGAUGUGGCUGCACGUGCACGGUGACCUCCUGACCUGCAAGGGCGUCUUCCUAGUGGCGUCACGCAGCCCCACCUGACCAUGGCAUGGCAGUUGCGUUUCCAGCCACAUCAGAAUAUAGUAACAUUUCCAGAUUAAAUUAACAGUAAUACCUCAAAACUGCUCUGGUAGUAGUUUUUAAAGGAUUGACAUUUACAAUUUAGUAAAUGGCUUUAAAUUACUGAUACUUACGAAAUAAACUUUAACAGUGGCUAAAAUAAUACAUGUUAAUAGUUCUUCUGUGUUGCAUGUGAAAGCGGACCACCAGGAAACACUACUGACUCUUUGUUUCAAUCAUUUUAAAGUCUCUUUAAAGAGCUUUAGAAAUUUCAUUGGGAGGCUUGCUUACACAGUUUUCCGGGAGACUCUCUGCUCUCUAGGCAGUUAGGUGGGCCACCUGCUUUGGUGGCCCUGGGUUUGAGCUUCUGAAGCAGGCAGGUCACGGGGAGAGCGAGGAAAGCAGAUGCAGUUUGCACGGUAUACACAUGCACACAGGGCCGUGGCUCGUUCCUGUGCGUGUCCAACACGAGAUACGGCCCAGGACGGGGACUUCACUCCCAUUCACAAAGCAGUUAGCUGGUCAACCCCUUCCCUCCACCACCUCGCACAGGACGGCAGGGCAUUGCCAGCACCCCUUAGCAGGCCAUGAGGUGUGGAUUCUUCAAUAGCAGGAACAGCUUGGCCAAGCGCACAGAGGUGAGCUGAGUGGCAUGUCCGUGACCAACUCGCAGCGGUCUAAGAAAGGGCACCAGCAUGGCUGGAACCAGACACAGCCUGCAUUGUCCACACCUCCAAGAUGGGUUCUGAGGUGGCCCUGGGAUGUGUGUGCCGCGCACUUCCAACUACAGCGGGCAAGGUGACUGCUCGGCCCUCACGGGCCCGUGGGGCUCCCUCUCAGCCUCUCAGCCAGCAGAGCUCCUGCUCCUUCUAGAAUGACCGCCCUAUGCAGCUUCUGCAUCCUGGCUUCCACUCCAGGCAGCGUGGGGCCUGCUGGUCUCAGUGGGAGUCUGGCUGUCCUGAGUGUGCAGACCUGAACAGUCACCUCCUCCUCCACCUCCCGUCUGCCAUGAGGUCAUGUUACAGGAAAUCGUCCCUUCUGUGGCUGGACUUCCCAGAGUAUGUAAGAAUGCUUGUACAUACUGUAAUAUACGUAUUAAUAUUUAAAAGUCAUUCCUUCUGUGGACAGUGAGAAUUAACUCUCCCAGGCAAGUAAAAAUUAAGCCAGGCAGAUGACGUGUGCAUUGACUUAACAAUCUCACUAGAUUUCAAGUCACAUCGUUCAAAUUCAACCAGAGGUUGUUAUGUAAGAGUUUUAAAAAUAAUCUUAUGUUGAAGAGAUUAUGUGAUUAAUACAUGAACUCGUACCAUGAAAUUUUUAAGACUUUUAUUUUUCUAACUCUAUUAAUAAAUAUAGGACUGGAUUUUAGGUGUCAUACAGGAAAUGUGAAAGUUUUAAAUUAUGUUGCUAUUUGCUAAAGCAAAACAGAAAAUUUUGUACAUGCAAAACUAUUGAAGGACCAUGAAGAAUUGUGUGCUCCUGGCCGGGCCUCGGCCGCCCACAGGUGUGAAAGGUCCUGCCGGCCUUCAGGGUGACCUGAUGGGUACUCAGUGUUUUCCGUUGAAGUGUUUUAAAAUCUAUGUAGGGAAAAAUAAAAUGGCUUUCGUCAUA